AUGGUUGUUGAUACAGAGUACUACGAUCUGUUAGGCGUUGAAGUUACUGCCACUGAUGUGGAAAUUAAGAAAGCAUAUAGGAAGAAAUCGAUAUUAGAGCAUCCUGAUAAGAAUCGUGAUGACCCUGCAGCUACAGAAAGAUUUCAAUCAAUAUCAGAAGCAUACCAGGUUUUAAGUAAUAAAGACUUACGUGCAAAUUAUGAUAAAUCUGGGAAAGAGAAAGCUAUACCUAAAGGAGGAUUUGAAGAUGCGGCGGAACAGUUUUCAGUAAUAUUUGGUGGUGAAGCAUUUGCAGCAUAUAUUGGGGAAUUGACACUUUUGAAGAAUUUACAGAAGCAAGAGGAAUUACACGCAGAGGAAGAAGCAGAGAAAGAGAAGGAAAAGGAGAAGAAGGAGGAUGAGAAGAAGAAACAGAAAGAGAAGGAAGAGGAAAUUAAGCAAAAGGGUGACAAUAUAGAUCAAUUGAAUAAAGAUAUGAGCCAUUUGACAGUUUAUGAUGAACAAAAUCAACCGAAGGAUACUGCCAAAAAAUCAAAAUUAGCAGAAUUUGAAGAAGAGUUAAAGGCAGAAAAAGAGAAAAAUAAUGAAAAACUGGUUAAAAUACUGAUAGACAGAUUGUCCAUUCUAACGGAAAGUGCCUAUGAUAACGAUUGUAAAAGAUCCUUUGAAAGAAAGUUUGAAGAAGAAGCCAACUUGUUAAAGAUGGAAUCAUUUGGUCUUGAUAUUUUACACACGAUAGGUAGCGUCUAUGUGGAAAGAGCUAAGAUAUAUUUAGCUUCUCAUAAAGCGUUUGGAUUAGGUGGUAUGUUUCAAUCAAUGAAAGCUCGUGGUGGUGUGUUUAUGGAUACAUUACGAACGGUAUCAGCAGCUAUCGAUGCACAGAGCAGUAUGAAAGAAUUAGAAAGUAUGAAAGAAGCAAGUGAAUCUACUACACCACAACAUGAUAAACAAGGAAAUGAAAUCUCUAAACCUACACCUGAAGAAGUAGCUCACCAGGAAGAAAUUCUCAUGGGAAAAGUGCUAUCCGCGGCCUGGUACGGCUCGAAGUACGAAAUCAUGUCCACUUUAAGGACAGUGUGUGACCGAGUAUUGGAAGAUGAAAGCUACGAUAAAUUGACUAGGGACAGGAGGGCGGAGGCAUUAAUCUUACUCGGAAAGGUUUUCCAAAGGACCUAUAGAACAAAGGUGGAACAAGAAGAAGCUCAAAUCUUCGAACAACUUGUAGCGGAAGCUACCAAGAAAAAGCGUCAUACUUGA